AGAACCUCUGUUUCCGUUCAAUCUGACGUGUACGGAUGUUUUCUGACAGUGGUCUACUCAGUAGCCCAAGGUUUCUCUUAUUUAACAGGAAGUUUCUACCAAGAUGUCAAAGAAGUCCAAGAAGAAGAAGAAGCAGAAGAAGGAGAAGGAGACAAAUAAGUUAUCUUUUUCCUCCAGUAAGUCGUCACAGAAGGAAAAGAGCACCAAGAAACGUAGUAGUGCAGAGGGGAAGCACCAUGGCAGCUGUUCUGCAGAGGAGAAACGGGGGAGAGAGAAAAGAGUUAGCCACUCCACCCCAGGGAAUAGUGCAGCAGGGAGCAGUCACAAGAAAGACAGGGAGUUCAAAAAAGCUCUCUACAGACUGGAGAAAACAACCUCGCAGGGUGCAGCGGAGGGAAAAAACGCCUGUCCUCUUGAAACCCUUCCUCAGGACAGCUCUGUGAGGAAGAGUUGCCCCAGCCAGGAUGGGUCGGCUACCACCGGGGUCAAGACCGCAGACAGGGUGUCUUCCAAACCAGUCAGCAGUCUGAGCACGAAUAAGACCCAGUCCCAAAAUGUGGAGAAGAUCCCUACGUCCCAGGGAAGCUCUAGUAAGCCAUCCGACAAGAGCCCCUCCAAAACAGCCUCGAGCAGACUGGCGACCAGUCCCAGGUCCCUCAUGGCGCAGCUGAAGGAGCAGAGGAAGACGCUGGUGAAAAGGAGGUCCAGACCUGAGGAGAAGCCUGGCAUUGGUAAGGACCACACCUCCCAAGGUAGGAGCUACCAAGACCCCCAACUGUCCCUGUCACUGGCUGAAGAGAUGAGGGAGAAGAGGAGGAAGCUAGUGAAGAGGAGAUCUGAAGAAGAAAAGGAGGAUGUUUUAAAGGCUAAACGAGACAAGAGUGGAGCAAAAUCCUAUAGUCUUCCCUUUAACAACAACAACACCACCACAAAGCAGUCCUCCACCUCUACUAAAAACGCUACCUUUGAGAAAAUCUCAGAUACAGAAAGACAUAGACCUACCACCCAAAAGCAGGGCAAUGUCUCUGAUCUGUCCAAAACAUCAGCGACAUCUAAGUCCACGUGUGCCGAGGUACAGAUGCCGCUACCCAAACCUCAGCUGCCUCUCAAUUUUAAGAUCCCCAAAAAGUCCAAACUUGGGCCACUGCCAGUUAAUAGAGCCAUCUGGGGGGGUGACCAGGAGGAUAAUAACGACAAUAAACCCAUCAGUGCUAGAGUGAAGGUGGUGUCUCCUGCUUCUAGGCUUUCUCAGCAGACAGGAAGUGCGUCCAAACUUUGGACACCAAGGAGUGUGUCCAAACUUUGGACACCAAGGAGUGUGUCCAAACUUUGCACACCAAGGAGUGUGUCCAAAUCUUUGAACUCCAAAGGUGGUGUGUCUGCUGCUGUGAACAAAAACAAGCAGCACAAAUGUGAAACGGUUCCAGAAUCUUCCAAAGGUUGUAAAGAAUUACAGCCCAGUUCAGCUCAAGGGAUGACAUCACCACCCUGUAACAGAACAACUUCCCCUGAAGAUUAUAUAGAAGUCUAUGAUAAUGACCAAGAGAUGCAGCUGGUGGAGGAGCUCCAUCUGGCCCGCAGUGAGAAGAGGCUGGAGCUGAAUGUGGUGGAGAUCUAUGGAGAACUCACCAGCAUGGACAUCGACCCAUCAGAGGAGGGCAUCACAUUCACACUCGGUAAAGAGGAGGAUCUUCAGCAGGAUCUGAUCGUUGUCCUGGACACCAACAUCCUUCUCAGUCACCUAGACUUUGUCAAGAAGAUGAGGUCACACGGCCUUGGAGCUCUAGGUCUCCCCACAGUGCUCAUACCCUGGGUGGUACUACAGGAGCUAGACUCUCUGAAGAACAGGAAGAGGCUGUCCAGCUCUGUCGCCCACCUGGCCACACCUGCCGUUCAUUACAUCUACACCUGCCUGAAGAGCCAGGAGCCUCGACUCUGGGGCCAGUCCAUGCAGCAGGCCUCUCAGAGCAGCCAGGGACUCAAUGCUGAGAAUAAUGACGACAGAGUGCUGCAGUGCUGCCUGCAAUACCAGAGUCUUUACCCAGAGGGUGCUCUCAUCCUUUGCACUAAUGAUAAGAACCUGUGUAGUAAGGCAUUGCUGAGUGGGGUGAAGGCCUUCGGUAAGGCUGACCUGGUGGAGGAGGUAGACAGGCUCAAAACGCCUGGCGUCCACAACCUGACCCCCACCCAACCCCACACACAGAACCCUGUCAGCACACAGACACAAACACUCAUCUGCACCCCGAGCCAGACCCGUGACCACCAGAAAACCAGCCCCUUCCCAGGCCAGCAGCAGAAUGAACAGAGCAGGAGUGAUGGAGGGAAAGAGAGAGAAAUGGAAGAGAAGCGAAAGAAGGCUGCAGAAGAGGCCCGGGAGCUGAGCAGCUGUGUGUCAGUACUGGAGGACUGUCUGAAGGAGGUGCUAUCUCAGGUGCUGGAGAUUGAGAUGAAGGAAGCCUAUGAAGAACUGUGGACAGAGAUCGUAUAUCUGAAACCGCCCUGGACUCUUGAAGGCCUUCUGCAGUGUUUCAAGAAACACUGGAUCUCUGUCUUUGGCAACAUUGUCCCUCGAAAUCUGCAGCAAUCCCUGGAAAACCUUCACAACUUCUUCUUCUCGGGUAAAUCAGUAGAGCAUAGCUCUACAGUGCUGGCUCUGUAUGAGGCUAGAGAUCUGCUGCAGGCCUUCGGCUGCAGGUCAGACUACGAUGGGCGUGUCCAACCGGCCCUCGCCUCCCUGAACACCCUGCUGCAGAGGAUAGUCCCUCAGCCAGAGAAAGUCUCAGAGGAGAACCACACCUGUGAUGGUGACACCCUCAUGGAGGAAGAGGAGGAGGAGGAGGAGGAAGAGAAACAGACCACCCCUGCUCAGGUGUCACACCAGGAAGUGUGGGUGAUGUUUGAGAACAUAUGGAACAAUGUGUGUGGGAUCAGCUCUGCUGUGUUCGCCGCUCUCCGCUUUGAUCCGGGCGCCAUAGAAACCAACCAGCCAGUAGAGGGUCCUCCCCUUCCCCAGGACGCCCUCUCCUGUCUGCACAGACUGUCUACUGCUGUCAGACAACUGCUACAGGCCUUUACCAGGGUUCUGUCAACAGACAGCUGUCUAGAAGAUGCCCAGGCUCUCCUCUCCUUCAUCCACUCCAGUGAGAUUGCUGCCAUGGAGCCCAGGUUCACUGCCAAAGACCUGUUGGACUGUCUCUCACAGCACGAGUACAGGGAGAAGCUGUGUGUGGGGGGGACCCAGUUGGCAGAGCUGAACGUCAGUCUAGAGCGCUGCGCUGAGGUCACGUCCCGGCAGGUCACACCAAGCACCUGGCCCUGAUUGGACCACAACCAGGAAGUUUGGACUAAAACAUCCUACCAGAGGCCUCAAAUUGCAUCAUAUCACAACUCAACAACUUUACUUGAAGCCACUGUUUUCAUAUGGAGCUGACCUAUUUCAUUCAGCACCUUUUCUGACUUAAUUUAGUUUCUUGUGUGUGGAUGUUGGUGUAGAGCAGUGGUCACCAACCAACCGGUCAAUCAAGGCAUUUCUAGUCGAUCACCAAACAUUUCUGUAAAAAACCCAAUGAUAAAGCCUUGUGUUCCUAUUUUCUUUAUUCAUGGGCUGCUUCCCAAAUGCCCCAUAGGGCUCUGGUCUAAAGUAGUGUACUAUUUGGGACACAGACAUGCUAUUUGGGACACAGACAUGCUGUUUCUGGUGCUUCUUAUAGUAGCCAUUUUGGGCCUCCAUCUCUUCACCAUCUCUACACAACAGUGUGUUAGUAGGGAUAUGGAUCUUCCAAAUGUUUUGUUAUCCUCACACAGACCAGGUUUCCAUCCAACCAUUUCAUGCGGAUGAAUGACCUGAUGCAUGAAAAAAGUAACUACCGGUCUGAUGGAAACAGGAUAUGCCAGUAAAAUGUUAUAGAUGCCGACAGAGAAUUUGUUCGUUCGACAUGGUGGGAUGUUUUUGUGUCUGUAAAAUUAAUUAUAAGAGAAAUUAUGGUGGAAAUGCCUUUAUGCGCAAAUAUUGAUAUAAAAACUAUCAUAUGGAAGUAAGCUUGGAGUCACGCGAUGAUAUGAUAUGUGAUCCUCCCACUAGGACUCAGGAAACCAUGCAGUUUAUUAGUCUACGGAUGAAAUAAGUUAUGAUGAAGUUAACAGGGUGGUGAAGGUGUACAGUGAUGAGCUUGAUGCUCCUUUCCAAUACUCUGGUGAUAUGAUGAUCGAUGUGGCUCCAUAAUAAUCUCAUAAUGUACGUAGCCUUCCAGCACUGUGUGUUAGAGCAGUUGGCUAGAGUGCAUGUGCCAAGACCAGAGUGGGGACAUUUGCUAUAGAAUGCAACAGUUUUUGUGACAAAACCAUCAGUAGAGUUGAAAAUGCGAUUGAAACCCAUUGAACUUGUAUUUUUCAUUCAGUACGUGGGAAUUUAACCACAAACCUUAUUUUUAUGUGCACUACGUCAUCACGCACAGACUGAUGGAAACGUCUCUGCUGGGAAAAUGCAUAUAUUAUUUUAUGCAGAUUGAUGAAUAUUCACAUGAAAAUCUGUCGCAAAUUGGAUGGAAACCUAGCUACUGGAUUGGAAUGUUUACACAUACAGAAUGGCAGUUUUUUCUGACAUAUUUAAACCCUCAGCCAUCAUGCUACUCUCUCUGUUACUAUGACCUAUGACCUUAGAUUGUAGUGUGGGUUUUCACUUUCAGCUUGCCGUGCUGUUUUAACGAGAACCUACACGAUAAACCCACAUUCUAUACAAAAAGACAUGACUGCCCAACAUCAUCUCCAUAUUCCUCAACAUUUAGAAUUUUUUUAAUAUUCUUUUUUUACCUUUGUUUAACUAGGCAAGUCAGUUAAGAUCAAAUUCUUGGGCCCCCCGAGUGGCGCAGUGGUCUAAGGCACUGAGAUUCUGGGUUCGAGUCCAGGCUCUGUCGCAGCCGGCCGCAACCAGGAGACCCAUGGGGCGGCAAAAAAUUAGCCCAGAGUCGUCUGGGUUAGGGGAGGGUUUGGCCAGCCGGGAU